UGCCAGCAACAGGAGCCAGUCUGGGGCUUUGCAGACUUCAGGGGUUCCAGAGAGGCCCCCAUGGGAGUGACAGUGGGCCGAGAUGGGGCAGGGUCCCCAGAGAUGCUGCCCCACAUGUUCCUUCUGCUCUCUGUCACUGUCCCUAGAGUCUAUCUUGGUGUGUCUGAAGGUGUCUCAUUCUCUUUCCUUUAUCCUUUUUGUCUCUCUGUUGAUCCCUUUCUGUUCUUCUGCCCCGCUCUGUCCCUCUUGGUAUUUGCCUCUCCCUGUCUCUGUCUCUCCCCCAUCCAUCUCUCUCCUCAUCUCUGCUCUUUCGUCUUCUCCCUCUCUCCACUCUAUCCUCAUUCUCACCUGUCUCUGGCUUUCUCUGUCUCCCUCUGUUUGUCUUUGUCUCAUCUUUCUCUGUCUCUGCCCCAUUCUGCCUGUUCCUCUUUCUGCCACCUUGCUCCAUCCAUCCCUCUCUCUGGCUGUGUCUCCCCUCACCAGCCUGUCCAAAGCCGCCGACCUGGACCAUCACUGGGUGGCCAAGGCCUGGCUGAAUGACAUCGGCCUGUCCCAGUACUCACAGGCCUUCCAGAACCAUCUAGUGGAUGGGCGGAUGCUAAACUCCCUAAUGAAGAGGGACCUGGAGAAGCACCUGAACGUGUCGAAGAAGUUCCACCAGGUCAGCAUCCUGCUGGGGAUCGAGCUGCUGUACCAAGUGAACUUCAGCCGGGAGACCCUCCAGGAGCGCAGGGCCCGUUGCGAGACACAGAACAUUGAUCCCGUGGUCUGGACCAACCAGCGGGUACUCAAGUGGGUACGAGACAUCGACCUGAAGGAGUAUGCGGACAACCUGAUGAAUAGCGGCGUCCACGGUGCGGUGCUGGUGCUGGAACCCACAUUCAAUGCUGAGGCCAUGGCCACCGCCCUGGGCAUCCCCAGUGGGAAGCACAUCCUCCGGAGACACCUAGCAGAGGAAAUGAGUGCCAUCUUCCACCCAGCCAACUCCGCAGGCAUCCGGGAGGCUGAGCGCUUCAGAACACCCCCAGGGAGGGCCUCCAGCAUCACCCGGGCGGGGAAGGAGGAGAACUGCAGUGCCAUCAAGUACAAGGCUGGCAGGCUGCCCCUGGGGAAGAUAGGAAGGGGCUUCAGCAGCAAAGACCCCGAUUUUCACGAUGACUAUGGCUCUCUUCAAAAUGAAGACUGUGGAGACGAUGACCUCCAAAGCAGGCCAGAGCAGUGCCGUCUGGAAGGCUACAACAGCCUGGAGGUCACUAACGUGUAAGGGACUGAUGGCUCCACCUAACCCAAUGCUGGAGACCCAAAGAGGAAGGAGGCCAGACGGCUUCAGAUGCCAUCUCCACUGUACAUAUCAACCGUGGGCAGCAGCACCUUCCUCCAAGCUAAGGAUGCUCCUCACCUCCUGGGCAGAAUACCAACAGAUGACUGCGAUUUCAGGUGGGAACACCAAGAAGAGAGAUGACACCAGCCUGCCUGUCUUGGGUGAGCCAUGGACUUUCCUGCUCAAUGAAAGGAGACUGGACCUGUCUUAGUGCCCAGACUCUCCUUCAUCCAGUAUGUGCAGACUCAACCUCAGAGCAACUGUCAGCCACUGAGCAGUCUACAUGGUCCCCUGAUCUUUGCACUGAGCUGCCAAGCUGGAAAGAGGCCCACAGCUUUCCAAAACACCCACCCAGGAAAAGCAGCAGGGUCUCCAACCAGACACUCCAGAACCCAGUCUCGACAGUGCUAGGAGCAAGCAGAGUGAAGGCUGACCAGUCAACAGGGCUAUUCUUCCAGCAACAAGUAUUGCUCUUGCUGAGAUAUCAGGCUGAAGGGGGUCUCAGCUCUAGCAUCUCUGUCUCCUCAUGACUGAGAACUUGGUCUCCGACUUGGAUCACUGAAUCUUUCUCAGGAGGAUGCAGAAUGGGGCUGGUCAUUCCUUUCCACUCAAAAAGUCCUAUAUCACAUGGCAGGACAUGUUGAAGAGCUGUUUGACCCUCUGGGCUACAGGAGUGGCUACACUGGGUGGGAACAGGUGAGAGGUCCUUGCAAGGAUGGGGCUUAACAUCAACAUUCCCAGGAAGUAGACGAAGGAUAUCGUGAUGACCCUCAAGGACUGGAGUUGACUGAGUUCGGUUAGUGUCAAUCCCACCAAGCAUGGCAAUGAGUUUGGGAUUUGUGGUGGGGAAAUGUGUGCCAUCGUGGAACAAAUGAACCCAUGUUGUGAUGUCUCCAACACCCGAAACAUAGGUUGUGCUUAUCAAUACCUUCACUGAGGCACAAAUCCCACAAAGCAGCCAUUAAGGUGAUGGUGGAGAGAAUCCCAGGUUCUUUUCUUGACUCCAUCACUGUUUUGCUGUGCAGCUUCUCCCCAGUGGCUUCACCUCUCUGUGCCUCAAUGUGUUCAUCUAUAAUACUUCUGAUUCCCUCUUUUCCUGUCAAGGAUAUUGGGAUGAUUAACACUUGCUAAUGUCUGUAACACACAUCGUAACCUCAGGAGACAGGUGGGAAGUUGUAGGGUGGGAAUGAAGUAUAUCUAAUUUCUCAUUUCCAAACACAGAACUAAUGUUGAACUAGUUCUCUCCAUUGGUUGAAGCAAUGUGCAAAAGGAGGACAAGCAAUGUUUAAUUUCAGACUCUUCAAGAGCCCCCAACUGCUGUCAACAACAACAACAAAAAGGACUCGCAUGUGUAGAAGCCUAGAAAACCAAUUGACUGGGGUUUUCAAGCUUGGCUUCGUUGACCAGAUGACUUUGCUGAGUGAUGAUUAGGGAAGGACACAGUGUGUUGGGAUUCUACCUGCACAUCAGUCAUCAAACCAAACCUUGUCUUGAACCAAAAUGCUCUGCUUCUGCUGAAGCCAUUUGCACCAGGAGUCAAUGAGAGGUUUGGAUUUCCAAGGUUCGCAGCAGGUCUUAGCCUCCAAGAACGGUCAAAGCACCUGUUCUUCAACCCAACAAAUUGUUGUCCUUCAUGGGAAAUGCAUAAGCCAAGUUCAAAUUCACAAACUUGAGAAUUAGCCCUCCCUAAUGCUGAAGACCAGUUUUUGCCCUAACCUUAGCAUAAGCACAGCCAUUCUUACUACUGAAGCCAAACGCCCAGGUGGUGGACAGGUGUUCGUCUCCUUUUUUGACUAAAUGUUGGGCCUCCACGGGACCCAUUUCUGAUUCCAGGCCCUGAGAGCCAGUCUCUGGCAUGUGGCCGAGCUUUGUUUAGGUUUCAACCCAGUGUCUUGAUGCCCCUACGCCACACACAGAGGAUCCUGAAGUUCUAGUGCCCACAGCUCAGAGACAAGAGGUGAAGGCUCCCUCUCAUCUGAUUCCACAGG